AUAAUUAGCAGCAGUUAAUGAUUUCAAUGUAUCGUUUUAUUACAGCAAUUUUCGUAAUUCUCAGUAUUUUUGUUACCAUAACUGUACAAUAUUCUGAAGAUCCAAUACCGCCAAUAUGUAGGCGUAAACGAAAAAGUCAUUUUGUAAAAUGUCUUGAAGAAGAAUGCCCCAAACGUACGAACGAAGUAUACGAUCCAUGUAAUGCCAACUGUAAUGAUAUUUGCGGUUAUAAAAAAGGGAGCUGUUCAUCGAUUUGUUCACCAGGAUGUAUAUGCAAAACGUCACAUUGUCGUGAACCCAAUUCUGAUAUUUGUAUAAUGGAUAAAUUUGAUGUGAAUGCACCGAUAUUUAUUAAUCCAUAUGAAAAUCAACCUGAAGAUUUUGAUUAUUAUGGCGAGAAGCAAGAUGAAGCGAAACCUGUAUUAACAGGAGGCGAAAUGUUUAUUGUUAGUUCAGUGGAUGCACCGGCUCCAGAGUCUAGUUCAGAGAGCGUACUGGACCCUGAGCCUAGUUCUGAGGAACCACCAACCCAAGAGUCAAGUGCAGAGAACACAUCGAUCCCAGAGCCUAGUUCAGAGAGCACAUCGGCCCCAGAGCCUAGUUCUGAGGACCCACCGACCUACGAGUCUAGUACAAGUGAAGCACCGACCCAAGAGCCUAAUACGACAAUAGCGCCAACUGAAUACAGAGAAUUACAAACAAUUAUUCCAUCUGGCAUCCUGGAGCAAGCCCCUAAAUCAACAGCCAAACCAAUGUUUAUGAAAAAUAAUGUGAUUGGCAAAUUCCAUCUAUGGGAUAUGGGUAUGGAAGUUAGCGGACCAUGCUCUAACAUCGCCAAAUAG